GUACGCGCAGAAAUUGCGGCUGAUAUUGAUAAAAGACUUACUUGGUCGUAUGUCGGCUGCAGUAUGAUGUGGAUGUGAUUCAUCUUAAAGGCUGAAACAGACUAACCACAGCUGAAAUGGCAAAGUCGAAGAACCACACCACCCACAACCAGUCCCGUAAAGCCCACAGGAAUGGCAUCAAGAAACCCAAAUCUCAGCGUUAUGAGUCACUGAAGGGGGUGGACCCGAAGUUUUUGAGGAACAUGCGCUUUGCCAAGAAGCACAACAAGAAGGGCUUGAAGGCGGCAAGGAAGGCAGCGGCUCAAGAGAAAAAAUAAGACUGCUGUCUCAUAGUUCCAUGGACUGUGUUAAUAUCACAAUAAAACUAUGCUGUAACAAA